AUGCAGCAACAGCAGCCGCAGCAGCAGCAGCAGCCGCAGCCUGACUCAGAGGUGGAGGCGCGGGAGAGGAAGAAGAUGGCGCAGCCUGCGAUGCUGCCUCAGCGGGCCAGCAGCAGCAGCGGCACCAGCUUAGAGGACGUCCCGCCUGGCCUGCUGGCCCAGCCGACGCCGCCUCCCUUGGCCUCCGCCACCGCCCCCGUCUCGGUCUCCUCCUGCCGUCGCGGGGCGCCUCCGCCGCAGAGCCCGGCGCUGCUCUUGCAGGGCGGAGGUGGCAUCGGGGGUCCGGCAGGCGCCCAGUUGAAGAAAAAGAGUGGCUUCCAAAUCACCAAUGUGACCCCGACGCAGAUCUCGGCCAGCCUCAGCUCCAGCAACAGCAUUGCCGAAGACACGGAGAGCUACAAGGACCUGGACGAGUCGCACAUCGAGGACUUCUCCUCCUCCGAGAUCCUGGACAUCUCGCUCUCCCAGGCCACCAACUUAGGGAAGUCCAAGCGCAAUGAAUAUGGUGGCUUGGGAAUGUUAGAAGUGCAGCAAGCUAUCACAUGGAAGGAUCCAGUCAAGGCCAGGAAGGGAUCGGCCAAAACCGUGGAAAAGCCGCUCAAAACCAGGACAGUAGCCGUCAACCACAUAGCCACCAGGUCGUUCAUUAAGGCUUUAUUUUUUAAGGAAACAGAUAACCGAGCCUUCCUUGCAACCAAAGAGGAAUUCUGGCCAGAGAAUUCUGAAAACAUUUCUGACAGCCCUCAGAGAGUUUACGCCAAGGCACACAGAAGGCAGGAAACUCUAGGAAGAGAAGGCGACAGCAGUGAUGAAGAUGAAGUCCAAAGGCUGACCAUGCUGCCCCAAGGGCCGUCAGUGGUCAGUGAGGAGGAGUUGACCCAACUGGCCCUGGUGAAGCCAACACGGUCGAAAUGUGGCCUGCGACAUAAUGCCAGACAAUUAAUCCAGAAGAUUCAAAGACAAAUGGAAGAGCAGGAGAUCCUGAAGGAGUUUUUGAGUUUAGAACACCUGAAGCCCCUGGAUGACUGCCAGGUUGCCAAAGCCCCAGAAAACCGGGAAAAGAACAGAUACCGGGAUAUUCUUCCAUACGAUGCCACCCGUGUGCCCAUUGGAGAGGCGAAGGGCUACAUCAACGCUAGCUACAUCCAUGUGCCGGUGGGCACCGAGGACCUCUGGUACAUCUCCACGCAGGGCCCGCUGCUUUCCACCACCCAUGACUUCUGGCAAAUGGUCUGGGAGAACAACUCCAACGUCAUUGCGAUGAUCACCAGAGAACAGGAACACGGAGUGUCCAAAUGCCACCGAUAUUGGCCUGAGCCGCCUCACAGUUCUUUGGAUUUACUUCGCUUUCAGCUGCAGCUACUCAACUACCAAAUCUUGGAUUAUUUUGUCAUUAGAAUCAUAGAAAUGAUCCACAAACAGACCCAGGAAAGGCGGGUUGUGCAGCACCUCCAGUUUACGAACUGGCCAGACCACGGGACUCCCAAAUCGUUACAGCACCUGGUCAAAUUUGUUCGCUACAUGAGGAAAACUCACCAGUCUGGCCCGGUCAUUGCUCACUGUAGUGCUGGGAUCGGAAGAAGCGGGGUGCUGCUCUGCGUGGACGUUGUGUUGAUUUACAUAGAGAAGGAUUUGUGUUUUGACAUCAAGCAGAUAGUGACUCACAUGAGAAACCAGCGCUUUGGAAUGAUCCAAACCAAGGAACAGUACGUGUUUUGCUAUGAAAUAGCUCUUGAAGCUCUGAAGAACAUCCAGAGUAGGGAUUCCCAGUAAGGGCAGCCUGCAGUUAUCCAAGACUUCAGACUCAUCUUCUUAACUGCAACUCCGGAAGAGGCGAAGAGAAGCACUGUAAAAACCG